AUUUGUUGUCAGGCCAGCGCUCCCAUUGUUCCAGGAGAUUCGUGGGCCUACAUGUAUUUUGCGAACAUCCUGGUUGUUCAAUGAAAUAAGAUUUUGUUGUUUAUCCAAGUUUGAUUGAAACGAUGGGCUUCAGCAGACAUUUUUUACUGAUUUUCGUCUGCAGCUUCGCUUUUUACAUGAAGAUCUUUGCUGCAGACCUGAGCUAUUCCGUUCCGGAGGAAUUGAGGCCGGGAUCUAUUGUUGGAAAUAUUGCUAAAGACCUCGGACUGGAAGUGGUAAAGAUGUCAACUCGGAAAGCUCGAAUUGAUACAGAGGACAGCUACCAGCGUUUCUGUGAUCUUGAUCUAAAGACGGGGAAUUUUAUCAUAAGGGAAAGGAUUGACAGAGAGGAGCUGUGCAGCGAGAAGGCUUCAUGCUUGCUGAAAUAUGAAUUAGUCUUAGAGAGCCCCUUGGAGCUGCACCGGAUUUCUCUGUUCAUUCAAGAUGUGAACGACAAUUUCCCAGCUUUUCCAAAAGAUACAGUUAAAUUAGAAAUAACGGAAUCGGCUGAUAAGGGAGCUCGAUAUCGUGUCAACGAGGCACACGACGCCGAUAGCGGGCAGAAUACAGUCAAGCAAUACAAUUUACAAAGAAAUGAACAUUUCGUUUUAUCAGUUACAGAAGAUGCUGAUGGAUCCAAAAACAUCGAGCUGGUUUUAGACAAAGAGUUGGAUCGAGAAAAGGAGCGUGAGUUGAAUUUCGCCCUUAUUGCUGUUGAUGGUGGAAAUCCACAGAGAUCAGGGACCACAAAUAUACACGUUACUGUUCUGGAUGCUAACGAUAAUGCACCCGUGUUUGAUCAGGCCGUUUACAAAGCAAGUCUCCCUGAAAAUGCACCACACGAUACUGUCGCAGCAACUGUUAGAGCUACUGAUGCAGAUGAGGACGUAAAUGGGGAAGUAACCUACGAAUUUAGCCGCCUCCCAGAAAAGGCUAAGAGGGUUUUUUCACUAAACAAUAAAACAGGGGAACUAAAAGUCAUCGGUAGUCUUGAUUUUGAAAGUAAUUCAAAGUAUGAAAUGCGCAUUAAUGCUAAAGACGGUUAUGGACUUUCAUCUGAUUCUAAAGUAAUUAUCGACAUUACUGAUGUGAAUGACAACGGCCCUGUGAUUUAUGUAAAAUCUCUGACGAGUCCUGUAACAGAAAACGUGUCACCUGGUACAGAGGUGGGCAUCAUUAACGUGCAGGACAGAGACUCUGAGAAAAAUGGACAGGUCCGCUGCUCCAUCCAGCAAAACGUCCCUUUUAAGUUGGUUCCUUCCAUUAAAAACUAUUAUUCUCUGGUGACCACAGGACAGCUGGACCGUGAACUAGUGUCUGAUUACAACAUUACAAUCACUGCCACUGAUGAGGGCUCUCCACCUCUGUCCUCCUCUAAAACUGUUCAGUUAUCUGUAGCUGACAUCAACGACAACCCACCUGUGUUUGAGGAACAGUCCUACAGCGCAUAUGUGAGUGAAAAUAACAAACCUGGCUCCACUUUAUGCUCCGUUACUGCUAGAGACCCCGACUGGAGACAAAACGGUACAGUGAUCUAUUCUCUGUUACCUGGUGAGGUGAACGGUGCCUCGGUGUCCUCCUAUCUAUCUGUUAACGGAGACACGGGGGUGAUCCACGCUGUGAGGUCGUUUGAUUAUGAACAGUUCAGGAGUUUUAAGGUCCAUAUGAUAGCCAGAGACAACGGUUCUCCUCCACUCAGCAGCAACGUGACCGUCAGUGUGUUCAUAUCGGAUGUGAAUGACAACUCUCCUCAGAUACUGUACCCCGCCCCGGAGGGCAGCUCCUUCAUGACCGAGCUGGUCCCCAAAGCUGCACAUGGAGGGUCUCUGGUGUCCAAAGUGAUAGCGGUGGACGCAGACUCUGGACAGAACGCCUGGCUGUCCUAUCAGAUAGUCAAAGCUACAGAUCCUGGACUUUUCAGUAUUGGUCUGCACAGUGGAGAGAUCAGGACACAGCGGGACAUUUCAGAAUCUGACAGCAUGAAACAGAACCUGAUUGUUGCAGUGAAAGAUAAUGGACAGCCCUCUCUGUCUGCCACCUGUGCCAUGUAUUUACUUAUUUCUGAUAACUUGGCUGAGGUGCCAGAACUGAAAGAUAUUUCUUAUGAUGAGAAGAACUCCAAACUGACCUCUUAUCUGAUCAUUGCUCUGGUUUCUGUGUCCACCUUCUUCCUGACCUUCAUCAUCAUCAUCCUGGGUGUGAGGUUCUGUCGCAGGAGAAAGCCCAGACUGUUGUUUGAUGGAGCAGUAGCCAUCCCCGGAGCUUAUCUCCCUCCUAAUUACGCAGAUGUUGACGGAACAGGAACUUUACGCAGCACUUACAAUUAUGACGCCUACCUGACAACAGGAUCUAGAACCAGUGACUUUAAGUUUGUGUCAUCCUACAAUGACAACACGCUGCCUGCUGACCAGACUCUGAAGAAAAGUCCGACAGAGUUCGCUGAGAUAUUUUGCCGGCCAGACGAGUCUCCAGAGGUAGGCAAAACAAUAUUAUGCAUCAUAUUUUUUUCAUAUAUGUGUCUUAAAUUGUUGCGCUGUUAA